AUGAGCACGAGGGGAAAUCUUCAGGAUUUGAUGGAAAAAACUAUUGUUCUUGCCUUGGCAACUGGGAAGAAGCGGUUUAGUGCCUCUCUGUGCAAGCUUGUUGAUAAAUAUGCUGAAAUUUUAGCAAGUCAAGGGUUGCUGACCACAGCAAUGGAGUAUCUUAAACUUUUGGGUUCUGCUAUGGCGGAUUAUACAUGGAAGUUUUUGGGCUCGCCACAAUGA